AUGCCCUCGAGAUCGGACUCCGAUGCCGCAGUGGCAGACGACGCCGGUACAGAGUCUUCGAACCUCACGCUAUUGUGGCGCCCUGGAGCUGGUGCAUCCACGUCGUAUUCCGCUGUUUCCUGCGACUGCGAGCCAGGUCGACGAGGUGACACUACGAUCAUGCUGGGCGACGCAUUUGUCAACGCCAACGUCUCAGCUGCGGUGUUCUCCGGUGGUGACGUGGUUGAUGCGUUCAACCCCGAGACUAGCAUGGACUUGGUAAUGUCCAGUUUGUCUUCCAUAAGGUUGCGAAGUUCUGAAAAGCCGAACCCUGUAGUACUCGGUCCAGAAGUGCGUGCGUAG